AAUAACUCAAGUUUGUAUACAAUUUAGAGCGUGAACGCCAACGCCAAUUAGAAGAAGAAAGGCGACAAGAGCUAAAAGAACUUAGACAGGAGAAGAAACGUGUGGAAGUUAACAUGCAUGGAAAACUUCCUCAACCUUUUGAUCCAGAAACCAUGGAAGAUGAAGAAAUACAGGAUAAGACUACCUUUUCUCCAUUGGAGAAGAAGCUAGAAAAUACUCCUGACAUUGAGGAUAAUACUCUUGAUCAGGAAGAAAUUCCUAUACCAAAAGUUGCCCAUAUUCAGAGUCAAACUGCUCAUCACAAUGAAGGUGCAUAUUCUGUUCGAAAAGAAAGUGUUGAGAAAUUUAGAUGGAAUGGAAGCAUUUACAUCACACUAGCAUUUGCGGGAAUAGCUCUGCUCACGGCCAUGAUUGUGGGUAUAAUUCUACUGCGCCGUCACGCCCAGCGUUCUCCCCACGGCCAAGGUUUCGUAGAAGUGGAUCAAGCUGCCACGCCAGAGGAACGUCACGUGGCAAACAUGCAAGUUAAUGGCUACGAAAAUCCAACUUAUAAGUAUUUUGAAACACAGAAUAACUGAAGUAAGUGGAUGUAUUUAAACUCAUCAGACUUCUCCAAUACCUUGCUCUAGACCUCAAGGUGUUUAGUGUUUCUGGAGAGAGCCUUCAUUCAUUACACCAUAAUACUAGCAACAGUUGGCUUUAAACUAAAGAACUAAGAGUGAUAUGGAAUUCACACGUUGCCAUAAGAGUGAUGUUUUUUGUACUGUAAUUUGCUAGAGUAAAUCUAGUAAUCACUUGAAUAAAAAUAUACACUAAAAUUCUUUAAAAAGUUCCAUUUACAAUCUUUACUUAUAUAUAAAUAUAUAUAUAUAAAUAUAUAAACAUUUUAAAUUUUGAUUUUUCCACCCUCUGCAGUUUCUCAGAAUUUUAAGCAUAUAGGGGAGAGAAUUCUGAAAUGUUCAUUUUUAUCUCCACUUAGGCUUUUAAUUCUGUUUUAGAUAUUAAAAUAUAUUAUAAAAGGGGGAAAAAUAUAAAUAUAUUUUUCAUCUAAGUUUUUUUCUCUAACUUUCAAGAAUAUACUAUGUGAUCAAAAGUGAACAUUCCCAUUACCUAGUUUUUAAAUACUUUUUAUGUUGCAUUUUAUUUUAUUGGAAAAAAACUUUAUCUGUAAAUAUAAUGUUGCUAUGAUUAGACUUUUACCAUUUAUUCUAAUUUAGAUUGGGAGAAUGUAUAACAUAAGUGUGAUAACAAAAAAAAAAAAAAGCUUACUUUACUAUGGUAUUUGCAUUAAGAUUUUUUGUAGACGAAUGAUAUAAAAGUAAAUGAUAAUGAUUGGAACCAAAAUUUGAAAUUUAAAUUUAUUGUAAUUUAUGAUUACAUAUAGGUCAGUCACAUGCUAAUGGUAAAUUCUUGUCAUGUAUUGAGUACUAUUAGUUUUAAGGUCUCUUUGCUGUAUAUAAUUAGCUUAACAGUGCAGUGCAUGACAUCAAAGUCACAAUGUAAGUGUUCUGUACAGGCUUUUUGUAGUGCCUACUUUUUAAUGUGCCAUUUUUUGAAGUAAAUUUUGACCUCGACUUGUGAAUUGUAGGCUACUUAAUAGUUGUCACUUUCAGACAUUUCUUAGUGGGUUCACAGAUGUAUCGAUGGCUGUUUCGAAAUGCAUACCGGAAGUAUCGUAUGUAAAACAUCUUCAUCCAUAAUAGAGGUAACCGAUGUUGUUUUCUUCAGUUGCUUUUAUAGUAUGCAAUGAUUUCUAACCUGUGGAUUUUACAUAUCAAGUUGCAUGUUACGAAAACUUUCAUUAUUGAUUAAUAGAAAGGUGUGCUUGUAAAAUAAAUGAGUGAGAUUUACUUGCCAGAUAUAAGAUGAGAAAUGGUCUUCAAAGAACACUACAGGAAUCGGCUCUGAUGGUUUCAUUUCGGUUCAGAUUCAAGCGGUGUCUAGAAACAUUCGCGGGAGAAUCUGCACAUCUGAAAGACAAUUAAGGUGAUUGUGUGUAAAUUCUCCUGUAAUCAUCAAAGGUCACAAUGUUGUAAAUUGGAAAUUUCUAAUGACAAAAUAAGUGUCUUUUCAAGUAGUUAAAUAUUAUGGAAACCUAGAACAUCCAUAUUGUUUCAUAUUUAAAAUUGCUGUCAUUUCAAGUAUGACUGUACAUAAUUUUAGUAGUUAUAUGUGGCACUAGAUAGCCUGUCACAGUAAAUCAUUUACAAAUUAAUAUAUAAAUUAAUCUUGUAAAUGGGAUAAUUAACACAAUUCUUAUCAAAAGGUUAACAUUGGAAAUGUUCUCCGCAAAGUUUUCUAUAACAGAACCCGCUUGAAGUCAUGUCGAAAUGAUAACCAAAUCUUAAUUCUGUGUUUUUCUUUGAAGAUUAUUUUAUAAGACAAUGCCACUUUAGAGAUCUUUUAUUUUUAUUUGAAUCUUUAUGGUUCCAUAACUGUCUACCAUAAAUAUUUUUUUUGUUAAAAAUUAUACAAUGUAUUUUACUAGCACUUAAUUAUUAUUAUUGGUAUUUAUGUUGCAAUCUUUGAAUUAAUGUACUUGAUCCUGUGACAAACAGCUGUAACCAGAUGAUGUGAUCUAGUGUUGCCAAAUAAAAAAAA